CCGGAUGGGCAAUCAGUGUAAUGUGAACCGUCGGAAUGGAAGAACCUGUUGCCCCGAGGAGUCCCUUCUCUACUCCGAGGUCCCUGAGGACGGCGAGGAUGUCCCAGAGGGUGAUCAUCCUCCCGGGGGCCCACCCUGACGCCAGAGUCAGGAUCGCGUUAGGAGGCGCAGUCGAAAUGCACAAACCGCCCAAUAACAAUAACUGGUCACCCGAUCGGCAGGACGUCAUAAGCUUGGGGUCCAUCGGCAUGGGCUCCACCGACGGAAGGAAAAUGACAGUGCGGAAAGUGCCGACCACACCUACAGAACUUCUCAAUAUAACAACGACAAGCAAUGGGCCUUUUGCUUUCAGCAGUUCCGGUUGUGACAACAUGUCUACUUGCAGCAGUUACACGUUGUCGGAGGAAUGGGACACUGAUGACAUAGCGACAAGGAAGCGAGGCCGAGACCACUGGGCCAACAAAGUCCAGUUCAUCCUGGCAUGUGUUGGCUACUCGGUCGGACUGGGGAACCUCUGGAGGUUCCCAUACCUCUGCUAUGCUAGUGGAGGAGGAGUAUUCUUAAUACCGUAUUACCUGAUCCUGUUUACAUGCGGUGUUCCUCUGCUGUAUAUGGAAUUGGCAGUAGGUCAGUUUACUAAACGUGGCCCAAUCGGGGCUUUUUCGAAAAUGUGUCCAAUUUUUAAAGGGGCAGGUCUGUCGAGUGUAGUAGUAGCGUUUUUUAUGUCGACCUAUUAUAAUGUGAUAAUAGCAUAUGCACUUUUCUAUUUCUUCACUGCGUUUCGAUCUGAUGCUCCAUGGAGCGAAUGUAGUAACAUGUGGAACUCUGAAUUAUGCUGGUACCCCGGUCUUAAGAUUCCGAGGCCCAACAACUCGCGCACGCCUUCUGAAGAUUUUUAUAUAAAAAAAGUACUCCAGAUGAGUUCCGGCAUAGAAAACCCGGGAUCUGUAAGAUGGGAAUUGGCAGCUUGCCUGAUAUGCGCAUGGAUUCUAGUAUAUUUUGCACUCUGGAAGAGCGUACGGUCAUCCGGAAGGGUACUUUACUUCACAGCAACUCUUCCUUUCGUUCUCGUCUUAGCAUUCCUGGGAAGAUCAUUAACACUUGAUGGAGCCCAACUGGGCUUAGAAUAUCUUUUCAACCCGAAACUAGAACUUCUUGCAGACGCAAAAGUCUGGGUGUAUGCUGCUGCUCAAAACUUUAACUCGAUAGGUAUUGCGUUCGGCAGCGUAAUUUCAUUUGCAAGUUACAACAGGUCCAACAAUAGGAUUCUCGUUGAUACUAUAACUGUAUCAACGAUCAAUGCUGUCACUAGUCUUAUAGUUGGUGUGUUUGUCUUUGCAACUAUCGGAAACAUUGCCAUGGAACAUGCAACUUCUGUUGAGGAUGUCAUCGCCGAUGGUCCGGGAUUGGUAUUUGUUAUAUAUCCUCAAGCCAUGUCGAAAAUGCCCUUUUCUAGUUUCUGGGCUGUGUUAUUUUUCUUUAUGCUCUUGUGUCUCGGAUUGAACAGCCAGUUUGCUCUGGUUGAAGUGGUUGUCACUUCCUUCCAAGAUGGAUUUCCAAAUUGGAUAAAAAAGAAAUUAGUAUGUCAUGAAUUGCUCGUACUCGUUGUUUGCUGCAUAUCAUUCAUCCUUGGAUUACCUCACAUAACUCAGGGAGGAAUAUAUUUUUUCCAAUUGGUGGAUCAUUAUGCAGUAUCGAAUUCAGUCAUGUGCAUUGCAUUUUUUGAAGUUAUCGCCAUUGCUUGGUGCUACGGCGCCGAGCGCCUGUCAAAAAAUAUACACAGGAUGUCAGGCGAAAGACCGUACUUCUAUUUCAAGGUGUGCUGGUCUGUUGCAGCACCAAGCCUCAUUUUGUGCCUAUGGAUUUUUAGUAUAAUUGACUAUGAACCUCCUAAAUACAACAAUGGAAUGUACACAUAUCCAUGGUGGGCUGAAGUCCUCGGCUGGUUCAUUACAGCUUCAUGUCUCCUCUGCAUUCCCAUACUUGCUGUCUACGUAGUCGCCAGUAUGGAAGGAAAAACAUUAUGGCAGAAAAUUAAAAACAGUAUCAUACCAAGCAUCGAAGACAUCCCACCUCCAAUCAACGAGGAAGAAUCAAAGGAAAUGAACUCGCUUCUAGCAAAGCCAACUAUAAAAAUAAUCAAAUCAAAAAGUUUGGACAACCUCAGAUGAUGCGGCUGUUUUAAAUACCGUUUUACCAUUAUUCCUACCGAUAAUAAGAAGUGUGGACAUUGUUCUUUUAGCUGCUCAUUAUCAUUCAAAGAUUGUGAUAAAUUAGAUUUUACCUUAGUUAUCAUUUAGUCAUUUUUUGUUUUUUAAUUUGUAAAUAGUAUGAAUUAUAUUUAAACAGUUUUUUUUUCAUAAUUGUUAUCAUUUUUCUUGAUAAACCAAGAAAACUGAUUGUGUUUAUUUAAAAAAAAAGAAAAAAAAAGGAAGUAUAAAGUUGAAGAUAAAAAAUUAGAAAAUUUAGGAGAAUAAUCUUAUAUUAAUGCCUCACAAAUGACCAAAGAUAGUAAUGAAAUUUAUUUGUUCUGAUUAUCUUUUUAUUAUUUAGAAUCUUUCUACCUAUCUUGGUGCCAUUGUAUAAUUUAAAUAAGCAUCUAAUUAACAAUAAUAAUGACAAACAAAAACAGUAGUGUUCUUUAAAAAAAGGGCAUCACUUUUACAACCUAAUUUUUGAAAGUUGGAAUAAGGACAAUAAAGCAUUUAUUAAUUUAAAAAUUAAUAUACAUUGUAAUUAUUUUAUAAUAACAAAUGUUAAAAUUUUAAUCUUACAUUACAUUCCAUGCACAUUA